GCACAAGAACGAGACCUCCAACACCUAUGAUAAGAAGCUGCGCGACCUCCUCAAGGCUGAUCUUCCCCCUGCCGUGGCAACCGCGAUCCAGACGGAGCUGCAGCAGGCGAAGAAGCCGCCGCCCACGGACGCUUGGGAGGCGGCGCGGAAGGCCAAGCAGGAGCUACGCAAGACCGAGCAGGCCACUCAGAAGGCGGCGAUGGGAGUGCUUCGGGCCCGCGCCGACCUCGAGACGGCCUCAGAAGUGCACGCAUCCAAGGUGGAGCAGCAGGCGAUGGCGGAGCUCGCCUACCAGAAGGCGCUCUCCACGCUACAGACGGAGCAGGCACGCGAUGCACCUCAGCGGAACAAGCUCAUCAUCGACUGCGACAUUUUCGAGAUCGCAGACCCUGCGGACAUGGACGAGAACGAGCGCAAGACUUUCAUGGAGUACAAGAAGGAGUUCGACACCGCCAGGCCACAGCUCGAGUCGGCGGUGCAGAAGCUCCAGAACCUCAUGGAGCCCAUCAAGCGCUUCGACCAGGAGCGCGUCGCCAAGAGGAGGCGCCAGGAGGGAGGCGAUGAGGAGCCAUCGGUCGAGGCAGGCCGUGGCGGCGGCGCUGGCGCCCCACCUGCCAUGCCUGCGACCCCAGGGGCUGCUACCGCCCCAGCGCUCGUGCCCCCUCAGCCCCCGCUGGACGGCGAGCGGCUCAAGUCGCUCUCCGAAGACUCGCUGCGCCAGGCUGCCGAGACCUCCAAGACCAAGGCCCAGCUGUUCUUCUCGAACAUCACUGAAUGGGGCCCUCAGGCUGAGCGGUGGGUGGCGUCCACUGGCAAGCGCUAUCAGCUACUGGCCUUGGUCGAGACACAUAUCUCGCAGGCCAAACAGCAGCAUGAGUUUCUUAAGAUCGACAAGGAUGAUUGGAGAUCCUCCAAAUGCUAUGCAAUGCCGGCGGGUCGACCUGCAGAGGGCACGACGGGCGGAGAGAUGGUUCUGGCUCGCAAGUCGGUGGCUGCUUCCACCUUCGACGCUAUGAGACACCAGAGCCGCCAGUUGUAUGCAGUUGAUCCGUGUCAUGGUUUCGCCCCGAUGACGUGGCAUCGCAAGACAGGCAAUUUGGUCGUGAUAGCCUUUUAUAUCGAACCGCACCACUCGAUUACGGGCCCAGUUCAUGAGCGGAUGGUUGCACUCACCGCUUUCUUGGACAUGCUGGCGGACCCUUGGUUUGUCUUAGCAGAUUGGAAUAUGUCGCCGUGUCAACUGGCUGACAGCGGCUACCCUGAGGAGUGGGGUGGCUCCAUUCUGAUGGCCCCUGGUUCUGCAACGUGUGAUAAAGGCUCGGGCUCGACCAUUGACUACGCGGUGGUGAAGCGCGGCUGGGAGAUGUCUGCGGUCAUUCGCCAGAUGCACGAUGUACCGUGGGGAACGCACUGCGGCCUGGAGGUCUGCGCGGGCGAGUCUCAGGCCUGGCGAUUUCGUGCUCUGGCACUCCCUGCUGAUUUGCCUUGCCCCCCCAGGCCGCAGAUACAGGCGGACCCCAACAGUAAGACAUCAUUGAGGAAGAAGGCAGCGCUAGACAAGAGGCGCAACCAGUUGCCGGACACGCUGCAGGAGGUGUUCGAUGAGCUCACCCAGUCACAGGAGGAUGCAGCAGCGCCUCCAGUCUUGGUUGCAGCGGAUGUUGACUAUGUGGACGGAGUCGAUUUUGCCAUUCCUCUGGAUCUCUGGAGGCGGCAUCAGGACGACAUGAGGAGCACGCUGAGCACUCCCGACGAGAAUGGCACGCUGGGCACCUACGACACGCAGGGGCCCCCAGAGAAGGCAGGCUCGCAGCACCCGCCAGGGAAGACUCGCCUACUGGAGGGGGGCCAAUUUGUCUAUUGUGAGACGGUCGAGGAGAUAGAUGGCAUGCCAUUAAGGGGGGCGGGGGCCCCAAGAGCCCAUGCGGGUGGCCACGGGCCUCAAAUCGUGGGAGCGCGCUCGCCCCCCUCGGAGCUGCUCGACAACGUCGGGACUGGCGCGGAUGGAGUUGUUACAGAUACCGCCAUACACGCGACGGGCCCCUCGAGAGACAAGUGGAGCACUCUCGACGUGAAUGACGCGCUGAACACCUACGACACGGCUGGGCCCCCAGAGAAGGCGACCACGCUUGUGUCGACCCACUAUGCCAAGUGGAUGUCGACCUUCGAGGCAACGGUGUUGAAUCAUCAUGCGGUUCCUGUAGCGAAGCAAGCCGCCUACUCUGGUAGAGCAAAUGGGGUUCACUUCCAAUGGAAGAAGACUGCGGCUUGCCCUGGACGUACUCAUAUAAAGCACGAGCCUGCAGACUGGUGGGCUAUUACCUUGACAUUGGUUAAGAAGAUUAUCGCGCUGUGCAAGCAUCAGAAGCAUGAGAACUUCGUAAGGUCCAACCUCACCCUAUUGCAGCUGAGGGUCACGGACUUCCACGGGAAGAGAGACUUACUGCUGCCGAAGGUCGAGGAGGAUGAGGUAUUCAGAUGGUCUGAGCUGGUACGCACCAUCACGAUCCUGGAUGACGAGGAACGAUCUGAACUCAUAUGCCGCACUGAGACUUGGUCAGGCCGCGCUGCCGCUCAUGCCGCGUACCAGUCCAAGAAGAAGUACUCGGGUUGGCUCGCCGACAUGUGGAAGGCGAAGCCUGGAGUCCUGCAUCGACAAGUCAAGCCGCAGGAGCAACAGCGGCUCGAGAUCUACAUCAGUGGCACGACGGUUUCCAACCCGACCCUGAUCAUGGAUGCGAAGCGGCAGGAGUGGGAGAAGGUUUGGACACCUCGCGAGACCAAGCAGCAGAUUCUGGAUGCUCUGGAUAAGGCUCGUCGUCAGACUAGGGAGGAGCCCCCUGAUGCCAUCCAACUGGAGCAGCUGAAGCGCACCCUGUCUAUCAUGCCAGGCUCCAAGGCGAAGGGUGUGGACAUGAUUGGGCCACGGGAUAUGCUGCGCCUACCUGAG